AUGCGCUUUCUUCCAAUCUUGGUCGCUGCGACCGUUUUCCCUUUAAUCUCCGCGGUCCCCGCUGGUUCAAGCACCCCACUGCAGCUCGACCCCCAGUCCGACCCACGCCGCCCUUGGACGAAACUCCGCGACUGGGUCAUCGGCUCAAUAUGGAAUCUGGAUCACACCUGUUCGAAAUACUCGGCCCCGCCCGCCAAUAUCCAUGCCCGAUAUGGGAGUGAUGUGGUCCUGCGCUUCCUGUUGCGGCGACCGGAUGAGGCCGAGGCGUUGGCGGCUGCCUCCCAGGUGCUGUUUCUGGACACCUGGGCCAUCACAUCGGAAUUCGUGGAUAUCCGACUGGCGGAAGACAUGAUUCCCUCCCUGCUGGACCUGCUCCCUCUAACCCUGCGCAGCUCGUACACUCCCCUCAUGGAGAACCUCGCCGAUCAGAUCUAUGCCUCCUAUCCCUCCCGGCGUCAUGAUAAUCCCGAAUUUGGAGCCGGGGCUGCCGUGGAUGCUCAGAAGACCGCGGCCAUGGGCGACCUGUUCUUCCAGGAUUAUCAACCGCUCUCGGUCAUCUCGCAAUGGAUGCGAUUGAUGGCGUCAAUGUUCUCCUCGCACGUACAUCUGACUAAUAUCGGCUUGUCCUACGAGGGCCGCGAUAUCCUGGCAUUGCGCCUCGGCGCCCCUGUAGAAUCAACCACGACGCCUCGCAAGACCAUCGUCAUCGUGGGCGGAAGCCACGCCCGGGAAUGGAUCAGUACGUCGACCGUGACAUACGUAGCAUAUAGUCUCAUCACGCACUACGGGUACACGCCUGCAGUGACGCGGCUGUUGCAAGAGUAUGACUGGGUUUUGAUCCCAACCCUGAACCCGGACGGAUACGUCUACUCAUGGGAAUCAGACCGUCUGUGGCGCAAGAAUCGCCAGCCAACAGGUCUCUCCAUCUGUCCCGGUGUGGACCUGGAUCGAAACUGGGACUACGAAUGGGAUGGCGAGUCGACUCGCUCGAACCCGUGCUCGGAGAACUACGCCGGCGCACAACCCUUCGAGGCCAUUGAAUCCCAGCGUCUGGCGCAUUGGGCUAUGAAUGAGACCGCCCAUGGCCGCGCUGACAUUCUAGGCUUUUUGGACCUUCACUCCUAUUCUCAACAGAUUUUGUACCCUUAUUCAUAUUCCUGUUCAUCCGUGCCUCCCACUUUGGAGAGUCUGGAAGAACUCGCCUUGGGGCUGGCCAAAUCAAUCCGCCAGACCUCGCACGAGUCUUAUGAUGUGACGUCGGCGUGCGAGGGCAUCCUUCCCAACGGCAACAGCGCGACGGCAGGAAUGACUGCCGGGGGCAGCGCCUUGGACUGGUUUUACCACAAACUCCACGCCAAAUUCUCGUACCAGAUCAAGCUCCGUGAUCGUGGGAGCUAUGGCUUCCUCUUGCCCUCCGAGAACAUCGUACCCACAGGAAAGGAAAUCUUCCAGGCCUUGUUGACAUUCGGCAAGUUCGUCUGGGGCGAGGCCAAGGAUCUCGGCUUGGAGAAUUUGAACGAGCAAGUGCCUCUGACGGGCAUAUGA